AUGCCCUACCCCACAUCCGGCGCUGGGUUGAUUGCGAGGGCUCGGAGCCGUGUGAUAAUCUCCGCAGGUUGCUGUGUGCGUGUAGUGGGGCACCGUGGGCACAGUAAUAAUGGGCAGGGCGGUGUGGGGGGUGGGGAGAUGUUGAGGGGCCAAGGUGUAUCGGUAGAGUUGAGGGAUGAGAAGGUAUCUUGGGAUGGACCACGGCCUUCACAUGAUACUAUAGAAAUGGAUGGGAAAUUUUGGGGAGGUUUUUUCUCCUUUUUUCCUCCUUGGGAGAUAUGUACUCUUCGCCUUUUUCAGGGGAAACCGCAUACUGUCACUACAUGGACCUUUGGGCUGUUAGGAUAUCGCUUUAGUAAUCUAUUCUAGGAUUUGGUAUGAGCAUGGCAUUGUAAACCUGAUGUGUCAUCACUCGGAGACAUCACGAGCACCGACCCCAGUCAUCACCAAAGGGGCCCAGGUCCAUGGGAGUACCGUACGGUAUUAAAUUCCUUAAUCCCAUCCCCUACCCACUACCGGUACUGUGAUCAAAAGGGAAGGGGGGAAAGUAAGAAAAAAUGGUUCUCAGAGCGCGGGCAAUCCACCCUUCAUCAUUGGAAUAGAUAUUGUAGAAAAGAAAUGAAGGGAAUAAUAAUACGAACCCCAAGCACGCAGGCAAAGCACAAAAUAGAUAUAAAAAAA